UCUUCGCUGAAAGCCACCUGCACUGCUUCUUCGCCAUUUUCAAAGACAAAAAUGGCUCUGGGAAGCAGUGGUUAUGGAAAAACAACAGUUGUAUUUUUGACUUUUUCACUGGCAAUUUGUACUGCGUAUCUACUGUGGUCUAACUUGGCCAGUGUCGUCAUCGAAUCGGAGGUGAGUGGUGUCCGUCAGCCCGACAAUGCGCGACUCCGUGAGCGACCCGUUCUUGGAAAAUCGCACAGGGCGUUUCAACCACCGAGCGAGUCAACUCUCCCCAAACCGAUGCCUCCACCGAGGACGAACGAGGGAAGCGGCUGCGAGAAGCGAUUGCCAGGAGCCAUCGUGAUUGGCGUGAUGAAGUGCGGCACCUACGCCCUCAAGAGCUUUCUGCACCAUCAUCCCGACAUCGCUAUGCGCAUUGAUGAAAUGGUGAAUUUCUUCACUUUCUCUAAUCAGCACCCGGACCUGGAGGCCUACCGAGACAUGAUGGCCUGCUCGACCCCAGGCCAGCUGACCAUGGAGGGGUCCCCGGGAUAUUACCCUGAAAUAGUCGCUCCCGGACUAAUCAAAAUUGCCUUACCUAAAGUUAAGCUAAUCCUUAUCUUACGGGAUCCGGUGAACCGCGCGGUGUCUGAGUAUCUUCACUUGAUGGACAUGGAGAACAAGAUGGGGCCGCGCCCAAAUAUGUAUAAGCCCAUGCCUCAAAUAAAGGAAGGGUGUCGAUCUGAAAUAGCGCCCUCUUUUGAAGAAGCUGUGUCUUACUCCAACGGGAGUCUUAAGACUUACAAUCUCAUCCUGGCGAAAGGUUGCUACGCCGACUUCCUCCCGAGGUGGUUUUCUCAAUUUCCCCGCCAGAGAUUCUUGAUUCUGGACGGCGACGCCUUUGCCAGGGACCCGUUACCGCAGCUCAAGCUGGCGGAGAGGUUCCUCGAUAUCCGACCCUUCUUCACCCGCCGCCAUUUCAAGUACAACAAAGAGAAGGGAUUUUAUUGCUUCAACUUCAAGGAGGCGCGGAAGAACCAGGCCUGCCUGGGCGGUACUAAAGGGCGCCCUCAUCCACUCAUUAACGCCACUCUGCUUCGGACUUUGCACCGAUACUAUGCGCCCUUCAAUCGGAAACUCAACAAAUUGCUGAAUCGAACUUUCCGCUGGUCCGAUGCAUCACAGGAUGUUGCCUGAAUCCCUGGACGCCCACCUGCUUGUUCAAGGUCAGGGUAAAUUGUCGCCAGGCACCCUCAAAUGUGGCAAUACGGUCAUUACAAAUGAAUUUGGUUUUGAGUUGUAAUUAAUGUAAUACAAAUCGGUAGGUUAUAAAAAGCUGGCUUUCCAGCUACGCUACCAUCUCACCAAAGACGAAACCGACAUGGAAGAAUUGUUGCAUUUCAAGAAGACGUUUAUUCCAUAACCUUUCUCAAAGCAAAAUACACCUAUAACAAAAGGGAAAUAGGUACAUAGAAAUCGACAAAAUGGAUGAGCGUAAGAAAAUACAGAGGAAAUUAAAGAAACUUGGUACAUUGAAGUUAGCAAAGUGGCAAAAGAUACUUAAUGAAAGAAAGUAGAACCUGUGAUAAGAAAAAAAUGGUCCACGUACAAACGACAAAAGAAAACAGCAUGAGGCUGUUAAAUGAGCACAGGUUUGUAAAACAUAGCCCUUAUUAAUAACAUGGCAUAACAAGAACAACGACUCGAACAACUAUGAGACAAAAACACAGGACAGACAAGGCAUAAAAGACCUGACAAUAGCCGACUGCAAAAAGUUACAAAAACUGUAAUAUUUGAUGGCAACUAAUUGUAAUACAGUAAAGAAGGAGUUAUUAGCCAUAAGUAUGCAGAAAAAGACAAAAGCUAUAUUUGGUACAUAAUGGGAAUUAAAGGAAGGCGCUUUUGAAUAAUAGGUCUCAGACUAACCAAUGGAUUACUUCAUCAUCUGACGUCAUCGGGAAUGCCAUUCCAUUAACGGGGAUGGACCGAAAAGGCGAAGGGUGCUAAUUGAGUAGACGGUGCAAGUAAAGGGAACAAAAUUAUUGUUAAAAAUAUUGUUAUUUUAAAAUUCGUUUUAUUAUAAAAUAGUAAUUAAGUGAAAUAGAACGGCCAAAGAAUCAUCUGAAAACCUGUACUUGUAAAGUCAGUUACAGCUUCAUUCAAUAAUGCAUUACAGCAGGGCCUAAAAACUCAGGAAAUCUAAUAAGGCUCUAGUUGACAGCUAAAACGAAACACAAAACAGUAAAUGUUCAAGUCGAAUCAGUUUCUUAACGCUGAAAGCGUAAUACAAGACUUCUACAUUACACGUCUAAUGAAACGACGUUAAAAGUUUCAAAUUGCUGUAAAUCAUUCAGUUUCAGUCAACUUUGAACUAUGCAACCUCUGUAACAGAUUUCGCUCCCAAACUCCAUGCUGAAUUUUGUUGGCUAUUCGUCGCAAGAACCACUCACCCUACCUAGCAGCGUAAGUGAAAGAAUGCUGUUCCAUGUAGCGUCACCUGCAACACCGCAAACGACUUCCACGUUGAACAAACGUGUUUGGUAUUUGACAAAAUCCAGCUGACGAGAAUAGGGGUACACAUUUACGGUAUCACGAUAAAAAACAGUCUUAGCGUAAAGUGUUUCGGUAAUCUACUCGUAAUAAAUGUCAAUAACAUAAGGAAACUUUCAACUUUGAAAAAGUCCUGUUAAAAAUUACAGAAUCAGGCUUUAAAAGCAUUAUACUGCAGGGGUAGAUUACAUUUAAUUAUAAGUAAGUUAAUUGCAUGUAUUGUGAAAUAGAGUACUACAUAUUCAGGAGAGUUUACAGGGUCAGCUUUGACCUCGAUUUGCAUAUUGACCUAAAUGUGUUUCAUGCGACUUAACGU